AUGCCCAUCAACCACGUCCGAGCGGUUUCCAGUCAGCAUCUUCAGAAUGACUACAGCUAUGGACAAGCGGUCUCCACCAUCGUGUGCAGAGCAUUCAAAAACACGGCCCCUGGACAGAAGCGCAUCUGUGGCCGCGCCAAGGUGCACGCCGACGUGCUCAUUGUCGACUCCGACAACAUGGAGCUCUGGUUGGAGGACUCCGGCACAGAUUGGAUCAACAAUAUUGCCCAACUCUCGCCCGACCCGUACAUCCGGAUGGUCCUCCAACUCGUAUACUACUGCACAUCUGGCGGGUUCUCGGUGACGCAUGAGACGGCGUUCACGCGGAUAUUCAAGCACGGGCGGACGGAGACAAUACGCUCGUUACCUUGCUUGCAAGUUGCAGUCAGCAGCAAACAUACGUCGAUCCAAUACGGAUUUAGCGGCCAAUUGCAAGCAACGCCGCAGCUCAAUCGAGAGGUGACCGGCGCCUUGAAAAAAUCACGAAACGUCACGGCGCAAAUUGACUCCAAUGAUGCUGCACGGAUAACGCGUCCCCGAUGGGCGCGCCAGGAUAGUCGACGAAUCUUUAAAAUUGGUGUCACUAGCCGACGACCCAUGGCUGAGCUCCCUUCUAUCUCCUGGCGUCCUAUCCGGUCCUCCAAGCAGAUAUUCAGCCUAUCCUGGUGCUUCGUGUCUGGGUCGUCCCUCAAUAAGUCGGCAUUCGCGUCUCGGGAGCAAACCAGCAGCAUCAUGCCCUCAAAGCCCCAACCCAAGAAAAUCUUGACCUCUCUUCUACCAGAGAUCUUCGCGCACUGGACGUGGCCCUGCAACUCCAUCCCCUCGCUCACCCGCCACGCCGUGUUCACGCCGAUAAAGAAAGCUCUUGCCGUGUCACGCAAGCACUACGUCGCGGACCUGCAACGAAAAAUGGACUUCGCGGUCGGUGAGGUGGUGAAUGAGCUCUCGGUAGGCACCAUCUUAGAGGGCUCAACGGAGACGUACAAGUACAAGAGCGGGAAAUACUGA